AGGGCACCACCAAAAAAACGUUACCGGGGAGGCUGGAAACCCGGACCUGGCAUCAUAAUCCACGGGAACUAUCUUAAUGAUCAUAAUGGAAAAUGAGAUACUGAGGAUGAAUUAAAACCUUUCACCGGAAAAAAAAACAUCCCAAUGAAUCGAGAUGGAGUCUGAGUCUCGUCGCGAUGAUCUGAUGUCGUUCUUGUUUUCAUUAGCCAUGGAUUGUUUAAGAACCAUGGGGAUAUGCAAGAGUAUUGUGAGAAAAGAUGAAGACAAAUGUCAAGUUGCACGGGAGCUGCAGAAAUUGCCAUCUGAUGCAGUUUAUGAGAUUUUAGCUAGAGUAGAAUUGAAUACUCUGCUGCGUCAAUGUCGAUGGGUUUGCAAAGAUUGGCUGAAGCUCAUCAUCUGCGAUGCUCAGUUUCAACAGAAAUAAUAUUCACAAAAAAACGCCAAGUAUUGCUUCAGGUUACUUUGUUCAGUCGGACAGGAACGACAGUGAGCACUCUCUGUCUUUUAUUCCCAGCGCGGCCCAUCAUAGUGAGCACAAGUCAUCUCAGAUUACUUUUCCUUCUCUCGAUUUCUUACCAGAAUCACCCAACAUUGUCAUCGAAAGUUCAUCUAAUUAUAGUUCAUUACUAUGUUGUAUCACUAAAUCCAGCACUAUCAAGAUUCCAACUUACUAUAUCUGUAAACCAGCAACAAGAGAAUGGAGAAAGAUGCCGAACCCAAAAACCCGUCUUACCGCUCUUCACACCGGUGUAGCAGUUACACAGACAUACCCAAAUCUGCAAUUCAAGAUGCUUCGUUUAUCCUAUACAAAGACGGGAUUUGGACAUCAUUGUGAGGUGUUUGAUUCGACCAGCUGGGCUUGGAAGAGAUUGGCAUACAUUAAGUUUAAUAUUGAGGGCACUAUGCUACGAAAAAGAAACGGAAUUUUUCUUAAUGGGGGAUUUCAUUGGUUAACUAAUUUGGGUGAAAUAUUUGUAUACCAUGUGGAUCAGGAGAAGUGGGCGAUUAUCAAAGUUACACAGGAGAUGGAAAACUAUAUCCAGGAAGCACUUUGCAUUGCAAUCUACUGCGACGGGAAACUCGGGGUUCUUUAUACUACAAAAGAGUGGAUGGAAAUUUGGAUACUAGAGGGUUAUUCUACCACCAAUCCUAUUUGGAAGAGGAAGUUUCGCAGAGAUGUUAGACGGAUCUUUGAAAAUAGUCGUUAUCAUCCAUGGCCUGUAGGAAUGUGGUCGAAUGAUACCGUUAUGAUGUUAUGUGACACCAAGGUUGUGUGGAUCAAUUGCACCAACGAUACUUGUACUACUUCUGAAUUUUCAAAGCCAAGUACGCAUGAACUUUAUCUGUUUCGUACGGAGUUUUUGGUUAUUUUUAGAAGGUUGUUAUUGGGGCGUCACACUCCUUUAGAUGGGCUUCAUUUUGCUCUGUGA